UACUCUAGUCAAAUGGCGAUCGGUCGGUGCGAAAGUGUAUCCUAUUCUUGUUUAUACAGUGGUGUUAAUUUUAAUAUUAUUUCAAUUGAGUUCAAAUGUGUCCCAAAUAAGGAUCAUAUGAUUUUAAAGCUUUGGUGAUUGACUAAACCACGUAUUUACUAAAUUUUAUCUAACCCAAGCCUCAGGAAACUUGUAGCUAUGAACAUUUUGGUGCAUAAGUGCAGUGAAUAAGGAAUUGCUGUGCUCAAAUACCUAGUGCUAUACAACAGCAAGUUUGCCGGUGAAUUGUCUUCAUUUAUAGCCCUGUAGUAAACAUUAGAAAUGUUCUGUGUUGUUAAAAAUCAUAACCUCAACAGUGCGUCUUUGUGAAUACGUCGAACUAUUUUUCAUCGCCUAGUGCGAGGUCUGGCUUAGAAGUUUAACUUAUUUGUUAUAUAUGAUUCAACGCGAGUAUCAAAUGAACAACGGGUUUAGUACAGGGGAAGAGGACUCUAGAGGAAAUUCUGACCAAAUAUGUUGCCUUGUGGAUGACGGUGAACGGUGCAGACGACCCGCGGGCAAUGCCGCGUAUAGCAAACGUAUACAGAAGACUGUGAUGCAACGGAAGCUCAAACUCAACAUUGACCCACAGGCAAGGCAUACAUACAUUUGCGACUAUCACAAAAACAUGAUUCAGUGUGCAAGGACGAAACAGAGGAGACCAAAAGACUCUGAGGACGACAGUAAUGAGGCAGAAAUGGACACCCCAGAAGUGGAUUGGUUCCAACUGCAAGUGCCUACACUAAGGAGGUACAAAAAGCACUACAAAGUGCCAACAAGGCCAGGCCUAAAUAAAGCUCAAUUAGCAGAUGCUAUUCAAAAACAUUUCAAGACUUUACCUGUAAAUGAAAAGGAGAUUAUGACAUAUUUUAUCUACAUGGUAAAAACAAAUGGCAACAAGUUGGACCAGAAAAAUGGAGUGAACUCUGAUUCAGUGUAGAAUAAUAUUAAUGUAAUGUAAUUUAUGGAAUUAUUUAGAUUUAAUUUUAGUAAUAGGUUUUAGACUUCCUAUAAUUUAAUUUCUGGAAAUAUCUGUCCUUUUUCUGUAUAUGAGAGAACUAUGAAUUGGGAAUCUAAAUAUGAUAUGAAGUAUAUUACUUCUGGCCAAAUUGUAAGCUAUGUAAAUCUGAUUGUAUGUAUUUUAAUUAUUAUUUUAGAGUACACUGUCGCUAGGACAAUUGUAAGUUUGUGAUUGACUUGUACCUACUUCUACAAUGUAAUUUUGAUCAUGCAAUCUAGAUUUGUUUUACUGACAUACUUUAUUGUUUUACAUUUUGCCUUGUCAAGUUAUUAAGCUAUUGAGGGAAAUGCAAUUGCUAAUAUAGUUAAGAGAGAUUAUAGUAAGAGAACAAUUGUAAAAUGUGAAUUUACAUUUUAUUUAACAAAUGAAGUUUGUUAUAAAAUAA